CAAAAACAUUAAAAAUACCCACAUUUAAAUCGAAGCGGAAUUUGUGGGAGAUUCCAUCGUCAGUGACACUCUGUUCUUUGCAAUACGCUUGACUACAAUUUCCUUUAUUUUUUCUUGAUAAUUUUUAUUUUUGUUCAAGAGGAGAGAGAGAGAGAGAGAAAGAGAGUCUUAAAAGAGAGAUAAACAUAAACCUCCUUUUUUCUGUGAGCUACAAGUCAGUAAAAGCAUAUUAUCUGAAUUACGUCAAUCUCUUUGGAUAUAUACCAUACACCAAUACUUGUAAAAGUGUUUCGUCUUUUUGGCGUUCUCUAGUCAGCUUUUCUUGUUUAUAUAAAACUCUCGAGCAGAUGAGAAAAGCCCAAUUUCCAUAGGAUGACCUCUUAAUAUUCCAUCGAUUAAAGAUCUAAAUUCUCGUAAUCUUGUUUCGUAACCCAUAUCAAAUUUGGGGAUUUUGAUUGAAAAAGUCACACCCCUUUUUCCUUUGUGGAGGGUAGGUGAAUCUUUUUCGUAUUUAUUUAAUAUACAUAUAUAGAGAGAGAAAGAAUUGGGAAGACAGAGAAAACUGAAAGAUGGGUUCGUAUGGAAUGUUAGCAAGGAGAGCUGUGUCUACUGAAGCACCCGUCAUGGUUCAGAUACAAGAAUUGCUUCGAGGUAUCAAGGGUGCAAUAUCUCUAGCCCAGGGUGUUGUGUAUUGGCAACCACCAAAACCAGCUUUAGAAAAGGUGAAAGAGCUUGUGUGGGAGCCUUCAAUCAGUCGAUAUGGUGCAGAUGAAGGUCUUCCUGAGCUUCGAGAGGCAUUGACUAAAAAGUUGCGUGAAGAAAAUAAGCUAACUAAAUCCUCAGUGAUGGUAACUGCAGGGGCAAAUCAGGCAUUUGUGAAUAUUGUUCUUGCAUUGUGUGAUGCUGGGGAUUCGGUUGUUAUGUUUGCACCAUACUACUUCAAUGCUUACAUGUCAUUCCAGAUGACAGGUGUCACCGACAUUCUUGUGGGACCCGGUGAUCCAAAGACACUUCAUCCGGAUGCAGAUUGGCUAGAAAGAACUUUGCGGGAAACUAAACCAACACCAAAGCUUGUUACAGUUGUUAAUCCAGGGAACCCAUCUGGAACAUACAUCCCUGAACCCCUUCUCAAGAAAAUAUCGGAUAUCUGCAAAGAUGCUGGAUGUUGGCUUGUUGUAGAUAACACAUAUGAGUAUUUCAUGUAUGAUGGUUUGAAACACUCUUGUAUUGAGGGCAAUCACAUUGUCAACAUCUUUUCUUUCUCCAAAGCUUAUGGGAUGAUGGGUUGGCGAGUUGGAUAUAUAGCAUUUCCUAUGGAAGUGGAGGGAUUAGCACCACAACUCCUGAAAAUCCAAGACAACAUUCCGAUAUGUGCUUCAAUAAUCUCACAACGACUAGCCCUUCACUCAAUGGAAGAGGGAUCACAAUGGGUCACAAAUCAAGUCAAAGAUCUAGUCAAAAACAGACAACUUCUUGUUGAUGCAUUAUCACCAUUAGGAGAAGGUUCUGUGAAAGGAGGUGAAGGAGCCAUUUACCUUUGGGCAAAAUUACCUGAAAACUUCAUUGAUGACUUUGAAGUUGUUCGUUGGCUUGCUAAGAAACAUGGUGUGGUUCUAAUCCCUGGAACCCCAUGUGGGUGUCCAGGUCAUGUUAGGAUCUCCUUUGGUGGAUUGGUGGAGAAAGAUUGUAUUCUUGCAUCUCAGAGACUCAAGAGAGGGUUGGAAGAAUUGGUCAAAGAUGGAAUGCUUUGACUAUGGUGUUUAGUGUUUGUUUCAAAUGUUGUGCUUCUUGAUUGGAAAUUGAUCAACAUUGAUUACAAGUUUACAUAAUUGAAUUUUUACAAUAAAUGGAAACUUUCGGAUGAACAUGA